CGUCCGUCUGCCUGCCGGCCCUUCGCCACUGGAGACCCUGGCCUGAUGGACACCUGGUGUGGACGAUGAGGGAAGGAAGCGUCUCCCACACCCACGCGGUGACCCCGGAGCGAGCCCUGGAUGACCCUUCGAACUGGCAUGAUGCGGCUGGCCUGCAUGUUCUCGUCCAUCCUGCUGUUCGGAGUGGCAGGCCUUCUGCUCUUCAUCAGCCUGCAGGACCCCACGGAGCUCGCCCCCCAGCAGGUGCCAGGGAUAAAGUUCAACCUCAGGCCACAAGAGCCGCACAAUCGCCUCCCAGCAGGCAGCUCCCAGCAUGGCGACUUGAAGGCACCCACGGAGAGGAUCACUCCAGACUUGUCCAGCCGGUCCCCCCGGGGCCUCGACCUGCGGGUGCCUGACCGGCCACCAGCCCACGUCCCCAAAGGGGCGCCCCUGCGAUCCCGGCAGCGCCGCCGGCGGCUGCUUAUCAAGAAAAUGCCCGCAGCAGCCAUCGCAGUCAACGGCUCGGCGCGCACCUUUGUGCGCCCGGGCCCCUGGGCCCUGGACGGCCGCUGGGCCGGGCUGCACCAGAGCCAGCAGGAGCGCAAGCGGCUGAUGCGGGAGGCCUGUGCCAAGUACCGCGCGAGCAGCAGCCGCAGGGCCGUCACGCCCCGCCACGUGUCGCGCAUCUUCGUGGAGGACCGGCACCGCGUGCUCUACUGCGAGGUGCCCAAGGCGGGCUGCUCCAACUGGAAGCGGGUGCUCAUGGUGCUGGCCGGGCUGGCCUCGUCCACCGCCGACAUCCAGCACAACACCGUGCACUACGGCAGCGCGCUCAAGCGGCUGGACACCUUCGACCGCCAGGGCAUCCUGCACCGGCUCAGCACCUACACCAAGAUGCUGUUCGUGCGCGAGCCCUUCGAGAGGCUGGUGUCCGCCUUCCGCGACAAGUUCGAGCACCCCAAUAGCUACUACCACCCGGUGUUCGGCAAGGCCAUCCUGGCCCGGUACCGGGCCAACGCCUCUCGGGAGGCGCUGCGGACGGGCUCGGGCGUGCGGUUCCCCGAGUUCGUCCAGUACCUGCUGGACGUGCACCGGCCCGUGGGCAUGGACAUCCACUGGGACCACGUCAGUCGGCUCUGCAGCCCCUGCCUCAUCGACUAUGACUUUGUGGGCAAGUUUGAGAGCAUGGAGGACGAUGCCAACUUCUUCCUGAGCCUCAUCCACGCGCCGCGGAACCUGACCUUCCCGCGCUUCAAGGACCGGCACUCGCAGGAGGCGCGCACCACGGCGCGCAUCACGCACCAGUACUUCGCCCAGCUCUCCGCCCUGCAGCGGCAGCGCGCCUACGACUUCUACUACAUGGACUACUUGAUGUUCAACUACUCCAAGCCCUUUGCAGAUCUGUACUGAGGGGGCAGGGGUCAGCUGGGGGGCGUCGCGCUCUCCCCGGCUUCUCACCCGGAGCAGCGCGCACUGAGAGCGGGAGGAACCAUGGCUGCUGGUGGCGCACAGCCAGGUGGGGGACAGAGGCCCGGGCCCCGGAUGGGGAUGCUUGUCCCUGGUCCCCGACGCCGCUCCUGGCUCUUUGACUGAGGAAGACGCUGGGGGUGAGGCCGAUACCCCAGGAGCCCCAGCUGCCCACACCCAGCUCAGCCAAAAGUCAGGGUGACCAGGGACAGCUGAGGCCCAGUGGGCAGGGAUUGCCUGCAGUCCCGCAGCCAUUGCCUUGGACCAAACCACAUGGUUUGCAGCUUUUCUACGACCCCUGGGGGAGGCACCCUGGGAACGGGUUCCAAAUAAAGCACAUGGUUU